AUGGUCAGCUGCGUUGUGCCUGACUGCCACAAUUACUCAGAAAAGACGGGAGAAGCCGUGAGUUACCACAAGUUCCCGCAAGACGAUAGAAGGAAGGCAUGGCUCGACCGAGUAAGGCGUGUAGAUAUGCCACCCCUGGAAAACAGCCAUGUUUGCAGCGAACACUUCUUGCCCAGCUGUUUUGAGAUCGAUUUCCGUGCACAACUAAUGGGCGAAAAGGCUCGAAAACAUUUAAGGGAUGACGCUAUACCGUCUCUGUUUAAAUAUGGUCCGGAACCCAAAAAAGCGCGAUUGUCAUCUGAAAGUCGCCUUCAGAAACAAAACCAUAAACAGGUUAGUACUGUCACUCAUGCAAAUUUUCAUCAUCCUGUUUUAUUUUGCAAAAAUCUUGUCUUGUUCGAUUUGCCUGCUUGGCGGACGCGACGAGAUUGCAGUCCAGUUCGAAUUAGAUGACCUCUGAGAGUUCACGCUCCUGUUUUGCCUCUAGCAUAUCUAGAACUCAGUGAGAAACUGACAAGUUCGGUUUAAAACACUAUAAGGCAGAAUUAAUUCAACGGCAUUUGCAAGUAAAAAGAGAGUUUGUACACCUAAACCUGAGUGAAAUAGGUUUAAAUUUUUAGGACUCCAAUCCUAUCAAGCUGCUAAAGCUAAGCUUGUAAAAAAAUUCAAAACUUGUAUGACCUUAUGGGAAAUUGAAUGUCACCUCACAUCAAGAGACUUUUAUCCAGUCGACUGUGCCACGUAGCAGAUACAACGUGUACUAAAAAUCGCCGCCUGUUACAGAUGUUAAUAAGAACUGUUUUUUUCUCUCCUUUUCCCUAGUGCUUACCUCAAGUUAGAUCCUUCAAUUCACCCUUGCCCUCAGUUUUGUAUGUCAAGUCUGUAAUUUCACUUUUCAUUAUUUCGACAUUACGAUAAAAACAGACAAUUGAACAUUCCAAAAAUAUUUAUAGAAAAUACUGUUACAGUCAAACCAGGUCAAGCGUUCCCGUCACUAGCAAACUAAUGAAUUCAUUAAUGGAAAAAUGAUUUCGUUUGUUGAUUCAAUAAUUCAUUCAUAAAAUGAAUAAUCGAACAAUCAAAUUGGACCUCGAUUCAAUAAUUAAAUGUUGAUUUGGUUUAUUAACAAAAUCUACCUGUUCUUUAUUCUUGUCUGUUGAGUUCAAUCGUCUUUGCUUCCCUUUUCCUGCCGUUUACGACUGCGUUUGUAAUUGCCUUAAAUCAAAAUAACAGCUAGAAGAGACAGACCGCAAACACAAAGAAACUGACAAAGGCCGGGGAUCGAAAUCCACCAAUCACCGCACAUACACUGACCUUAGUUACACUAUCGUGUUUCCUAAGAGGUCAGGUCCGUUGCAGUGAAUACUGGAAACAAAAUGACGUACAUGUAACAGUUUGUUUGGGUUUGAAAUUCAGAACUCGCCCGAACUCGACUCUAAGAAAAAAAGGACAAAAAAAGUGUAGUUUUUCUAAAAACAGUAAUCGAAUCAACAUUCGAUUAUGGAAUUGAGGCUGAAUAUGAAUAUUGGAUUGUUCAUUUUAUGAAUGGAUUAUUGAAUCAAUAAACGAAAUCAUUUUUCCGUUAAUGAAUUUAUUAGUUCGUUAGCGACGGGAACGCUUCACCUGGUUUGACUGUAAGUAUUGAACUUUAUCCCAUCCGGCUGUGGAAGAACUUUUAGCUGCUGACUUCCCAGACUGUGAUGAUGAGUCAAGCUCUUCUUCAGAGGAUGUCUUGGAAGACUCUUCAGAUCAAGACCAGAUUGAAAAUAAUGAAGAAACAGGCUCCUCAGAACCAAGAGUGCAUGACAUUGGCAUUCAGUGUUGCUGUCAGCCUCUUACCUUAAGAAGUGUAGCAGUUCAAACUGAGGAUUCCAAACAAAAAAAGGGCAAAGCUAAUGUUACCCCCACCCCUAUACAAAACGCCCACCAUAUGUAG